CUCAUCUCGACGUCGUCUGGCGAUGACGUCAUCACAAAAGGACGCCGUUGUCAUUCUUGAAAUGUGGGAAGCUGUUGUCUUCGUAUUUGGUUUGUUUUGAGUUCUUUCGUCGUGUUUUACCCACUAAGACAUAAUGGCGGACUACUGGAAGUCACAACCAAGGAAAUUCUGUCAGUACUGCAAAUGCUGGAUUGCGGACAAUAAGCCUAGCAUUGAGUUCCAUGAAAGAGGGAAGAAUCACAAAGAAAAUGUGGCUGCAAAAAUCUCUGAGAUUAAAAAGAAGAGCAUCGACAAGGCGAAGCAGGAGGAACGCACAUCUAAAGAGUUUGCAGCAAUGGAGGAGGCAGCGCUGAAGGCAUAUCAGGAAGAUCUGAAGAGGAUGGAAAGGGAAGAAGCAGGGUUACCAGUCCAAACCACAACAGCAAAGCCACAACCACAGCCACAACCACAGGCAAAACCACAAGCCAAAAAACAGCAAAAGAAAGAGAAAGCAAGCAAGAAGCCCAGAGACCAAACAGAAGCACAGGUUUGGGUUGAAGGACAAACAGAUGAUGGACACAUAUACUACUACAACACAGUAACUGGAGAAUCUACAUGGGAAAAACCAGAGGGUUUCCAAGGACAAUGCUCAGCACAGCCUGGACAGAUGGAGAGCUCUUCAGGCUGUCCUUGGAUGGAAGCUGUCAGUCCUGAUGGUUAUACAUAUUACUACAACUCUGAGACUGGAGAGACCACCUGGGAGAAGCCAGCAGACUUUCCUUCGAAUGAAGCGUCUGGAUCUGGGUCCAACAAAGAGGAGGAGAGUCAGGAGGAGCCCUCAACCCCUCAGGCGGAGCCACUGUCAGGAGGAGAGGAGGGCUCCAGUGAAGCCCCGGCACCUCAGGAGGCUGAAGUCCCCGAACAAGCCAGCCAGCAGCCCAAAGUCCCAAAGAUCAGCUUCAGGAAAAGGAAAGCAGAAGCUGAGUCGUCAGAAAAGGAGGAGGAAGAUAAAGUGAGUGAUGAUGCUCCCGAAGAGGAGGCUGACGAGGUGAAAAAAGAGGAAGAUGUCCAAAGUACAACAGUUGAACCUGAAGAGAAGAAAGAGGAAGAGGCAGCACCAGUGACAACACAAGCCAAAAGGCCCAAAACUGCAAAUCCAUAUGGGGUGUGGGAAGCAAUCCAGGAAGAGGAGGAUCCAUAUGCCAAGGUUGACUUACAGCUACCCCAAGUGGAGGGAAGCACCUCCAGCGCACCAACCGAUCUGCCGCCAGAGCCAAAACCAAAGUUCAAGGAACGCAUCAUCACAUCCCUUGGAGAGGAAGGUGGGCCUGCUUCGUUCAGGAAAAACAAGACACAGAACGGCAAAUCCAGAAGCCUGCGACAGAGAGACAACGAUGACUGACCCAGUCACAUCAAAACUACACGCAGCAGAGAACUCUUUCUAUGAACUUUUUUGACAUUUCGAUGCGCCAUUUUGAUUUUUGAAGCAUAUUAAAUGUAUUAGGAGUGUUUUAUUCUCUUUACAUAACAUGCACAAAUAUCUUUUUUACAGUGAAAUUUUUUAGGGCAAAUUGGCCUGAGAAACUUGAAGACAAGGUAAAAAAAAAAAAAAUACUGUUUAUUUAAAAAUGUCACAAUCCAUGUUCUUCUGUUUGUUCUAUAAUCUGUCAUAAUUAAAGGGUAACUUUUUUAUUUUUCUACCUGGA